CCUCCCUGUUGCCAAGGCGACCACACAUUGAAACACCCAUGUCUCAAGUGUCCCGACCGUUCCUGAACGCAACUCUCACUCCAAAGAGGCUGAACGCGGAGACCCCGAGACGGAACAAAAAUGGGCUUUUGUUGUGAAUAAAGCCACUUUUUUUUGUCCCAAGAAGCGGCGGUGGAUUCAAAAAAAAAGAAAGGAGUUCCUUAAAGGCGCAUGUGUGCAGCAGGAACUCAAAGGACAGCAUUGAUUGUUGGUGUAAAAUGGCCCCUGAUGAGAGAACCAGUUCCUCCUAACGCCCAAAGGAGCUCAGCCCGGACUGAAGUGGUGCGAGCCGUAGGCUAGCGGGGCAGGGAUGAUCACCUCCCAUAUGAACGGUUAUGUGCAGGAGGGUUCCGCUCAGGCCGCCAACCACAGGGAGCGGGCUGUGGACUGUCCCGGCGACGACACUUGCCUCGUCAAACUCCCGCACUGCGGCGCCCAAAUGGAGAGGAUUCAGCACUACCAGGAGGAGCUGAGGAAGAAGAGGGACGAGGAAAGCGGCCGGGGGAAGCACGACAUCGACCCCAGUGCGUCGCUGAGGCUCAAGAAGCUGUCGCAGAACCCCAAAGUGGGCGUCGACAAUCCCACCUUCGAGGGCAAGGAGAAUGCUGCCAAAGACGUUGAUGAGCUGGAGGAGUUGCUGCAGGCUGUGAAGUGGGCGCAACAAUGCCUAACAGACGCUCAGAGCCAGCAGGAUGCAGAGCUGCUACUCCAGCUGCUUGCAAAGGAAGACUUCAAGUGCGCCUACAGCAUCUACGCCGUUGUGUCCCAGAAGAUGAACCGAGUGAACCCCACCUCGCCCCUCACAGUGCAAGCACAAGACCUUUGCUUGGAGGUCCAAAAGAUCCUCAAGUCCAGCCAACAGAGGGAAGGCUUGGAGCUAAGAGCUCUACUCACCAAUCCCCAUCUCCAGGCGCUGAUGCAGGCCCACGACAGCUUAGCAGUGCAGGAAAUGGCAGAGGACAAUGUGAUUCAGUAUCUUGGAGAAACCGUUAAAAUGGUGCGGCUGCAGAAGACCAGAGACACCCCACUGGGCGCCACCGUGCGGAACGACAUGGACAGCGUGGUGGUGAGUCGUGUGGUUAAAGGUGGGACAGCAGAGCAGAGCGGCCUCCUCAACGAAGGGGAUGAGAUCCUGGAGAUCAAUGGUACAUCAGUUCGCGGGAAGCAUGUCAACGAAGUUCACGACUUACUGCAACAAAUGCACGGCACUUUGACUUUCCUCCUCAUCCCGAGCUCUCAGACGAAACCUGCCCCGCACAGACAGACUGUGAUGCACGUACGAGCUUACUUCGACUACGACCCCUCCGACGACCCUUUCGUGCCGUGUCGGGAGCUGGGCCUGUCCUUCCAGAAAGGAGAUAUUCUCCACGUCAUCAGCCAGGAUGAUCCCAACUGGUGGCAGGCAUACAGGGACGGAGAUGAGGAAAACCAGUUACUGGCUGGGCUCAUUCCAGGGAAGAACUUCCAGCAACAGAGGGAGACCUUGAAGAAAACGAUACCCGACAAGAAUCAAGAGCAGCAAGGUAAACGCUGGUAUGUGAAGAAAGGCAAGAAACAGAAGAAGAAAAGUGCAUCUACUCUGAGCAAAAACGCUGAUGCCGAUGACCUCCUGACCUAUGAAGAGAUGUCGCUCUAUCACCAGCCUGCCAACCGCAAACGCCCCGUCGCUCUGAUCGGUCCUACAAACAGCGGCCACGACGAGCUGCGUCGGAGGCUUCUCUCCGUCGAGCCGGACAAGUUUGCAGUCGCCGUCCCACACACAACCAGGAGCCCGAGACUACAUGAGCGAAAUGGGCGUGAGUACCACUUUGUGAGCAGAACCGGGUUUGAAGCCGACUUGGCCGCGGGGAAGUUCAUCGAGUCCGGGGAGUACGAGAAGAACUUGUAUGGAACCAGCACAGACUCCGUGCGACAUGUGGUCAACUCGGGACGCAUCUGUGUGCUCUGCCUACACACCAGGUCGCUGAGGUUGCUGAGGUCCUCCAACCUUAAACCCUUCGUCAUCUUCAUCGCGCCUCCUUCUCAGGAACGACUGCGCACCCUGCUGGCCACUGAGGGAAAAUCAGCCAAGCCCGAGGAGCUCAAGGAGGUCACGGAGAAAGCCCGCGAGAUGGAGCAGAGUUUCGGCCCGCUCUUCGAUGCCACCGUCGUGAACACGGAGCCAAACGAAGCUUUCCUGGAGCUGCGGAGGCUGAUCGAGAAGCUGGACACUGAGCCUCAGUGGGUGCCCACUUCCUGGCUGUGCUAAGCUGGGAAGAACACUCGCUGGUAAAUUUGCACAUUUUCCUCGUUUGUGGAGGAGGUGAACAUGAUGGACUCAGGUUUUCUUACGUUUCUUCUCAUCUCUUUUAUGUCUGUUUUUCCUGCUUUGUCCUGGUGAGUCAUUUUAUGAGACAAAUAGAAUUAUGCCUAUCCUAUUAUUCUUAAUAUUUAUGAUUGUAAAUACAGAUUUUUUUUAGACAAUAUUUUACUCCUAAAUUGUUUGUCCCCAAAAUGAGCAAUAAUAGUGAAAGCUGCAGUUAUUUCUUACCAUGGUCAGUAUUAUUUUGUGUUUGUGUAAUCCGUGCUGUGUUGACAAGCCUCAAACAAUAUGUGUCUAUAACCAUUAAACAGUAUAUCAUAUUAAUGUGCCUAAUUUAAUUCAUAGUUAACUACUGUAUUUUCCGGACUAUAAAGCGCACUAGUAUUCAAGCCGCACCCACCAAAUUUUAGAAGAAAAAAAUAUUUUUACACCGGACCAUAAGCCGCAGAUAUAAACAGGUACACAAUAUUUUGUAAAUAUUUAUUUUUACCCUAAUUGUUUCCAAACGGCACUAAAACGGCUGAUCAAAUAAAACAGAAGUCCUUGACCCACUAGCUGCACAAGCUAGCUCUCCAAUCAGCUAAACGGACUCAAAAAGGUGACGUUUUGGUGGAUUUACGAAACUGAAACAAUACAAAAAGAAUGCCAUUGUAAAUUAAUAAUACUAACACACUUGUAAACGUGUUAGCAUAUUUGCUAAUUCCAACGACGAUUGAUUACAAAAGCGCAUAAAAAUAUGCAUGAAAACGCUCCUACAGACAUCACACAUGGGACGAUUUAGGAAGUAUGAAUUGUUUUAGUUGUAUUGUAAAACUUACAUCGAUUGGAGUGAUGAAUGAAGAAUCGCUAUAGACGAAACGGGAUAUACUUCCGGUUCAAGGAACGAAACAGGUGGCACCAGCAGUUAGUAAACUCGUCCAAAAGAUGGCGCCAUAGCACGAACAAUAAUACCUUUUGUAGUGUGUUUGUCGGUGUUCUGCGAUAAUUAUUUGUUGUAUACAAAAAAUCAUGGCCGUUAGCGAAGAAAAAUCCAUAAAUCGGCCGCACCAGUUCAAAGCGUAGGAAAAAAAAGUAGCGACUUAUAGUCCGGAAAAUACAGUAAUAAGUGUUAAAUGUCUCCCAGGAUGCACCUGCGUGUUCUGAGAAGGGGUGAAUGUGCUGACUUAGCAAGAAUAUCAAGUAAUGUUUGAAUUUUGAGUACGGCUUUUUAUUUAUGAGUGAAUGGUGAAAUGUUUAACAGCAAGGGCUUGGGGGGUAAACAUCUUGUCAGUGAGGUAACAAUCCCACACACUUUAGACUAUUCCAACCAUUAUUUUCAGAUUUACAGCAUGCAACAAUCACAAUCUCCAUGUUAUAUUUAUGCAUCCUUAUUUGGGCGCAGCGACACCUCAGUUCUGUACAAAGAAACAUGGACACCACAUCACGACACACCUUCACGAGAGCACAUAAACGCGGGCCGAGACGCGCGGAAUAAAUAGAUGUAAGGGUUGCCAUGGUGACAGGGGUCACUCAAAGAGCAUGUCUUCAUCCGUCUCCUCCGUCAUCAUGUUGGCGGGUUCGGCGAUGGGGCCGAGCUUGGCCAGGCGAGCGGCAAUCUCUUUCUCUGUCCUUUCUCGCAGCUGCUUCUUCUUCUCCUGGAUCUUCUUCAGCCUGAGGCAGGAGACACCAAACUCAGAAGAUCGCACUCGACCAAUUCCCAUCACAUUUUGUCAGGCUUGCCUGUAGAACUCCUCUCGUUCCCUCUCGUCCAGCUCGGUGACGAUGUAAGUCAGGGUUCGAUCGAUGCGGGGGAUGAUUACUAAAAAGUCGCAGACAUCUUUACUUUAGACAUGCCUACAAAUUUGUGAUGAAGUGUGUGAUAUUUACCGUGCUCAAUCGCGUUCACGCGGCGGUUGGUGAUCUUUAUGGCCUCAUCGAGAGUGACAAAUGAUGUCUGGGGAUAAACACGGGGAUGAAAAUAUUCAGAUAUCUGUGGUCAGCAAGCUUUCCUACAGUGUUUCCCAGUGGGAUCAAUAGCUUAUGAAUCAGUCAUUUCUAGGAAACGGCACCCCCUCUCUGAAAGGAGGCUAACUUCACCUGUAGCUCGGUCACACAUUCACCCAAAUUUAAAAUUACAUUUCUAGCUCAUGUUGAGAAAUUUAAAUGGAAGGACUAUUGUAGCAAAGACUACUCGCAAAUGCGUGCCUCAAUCUUUGUAUGCGUGUUAAUUUGUGUUUUUGUUGCGAUUUGUGAGUGUGUGUAAAACAAUCUGUGUCCACGUUGCAAUCUGGGUCUGUUUAGAUUUGGGUGUAAAAAUAAACAACAAAUGUGUGUAAGUGUAUGUGUUUGUAAAAACAAUCUGUGUGUGUUUUAGAUGUGUGUAAAAAAGAAAAUGUGUGUUGCAAUUGGCGUGUGUGUGCGUGUAAAUAUGUGUCUGCAUUGCGUUGUGUGUGUAAAAACAAUCUGUGUCCAUGUUGCAAUCUGUGCCUGUCAUGCGAUGUGUGUGUGUGUUUUAGAUUUUUGUGUAAAAAAAAAAAAAAAUACAUCCGUGUUUCUGUUAUAAUCUGGGUCUGUGUUUAGAUUUGAGUGCUAAAAUAACUGUUUGUCCGUGUUGCAAUUUGUGUAACUGUGUUGCAGUGUGUGUGUGUGUAAAAACAAUCUGUGUAUGUGUGUGUUUACAUUAGUGUGGAAAAAAAAAAUCUGUGUAUCUGUGUUGCAAUCUGGGUCUGUUUAGAUUUUUGUGUAAAAAAAAAAAAAAAUACAUCCGUGUUUCUGUUAUAAUCUGGGUCUGUGUUUAGAUUUGAGUGCUAAAAUAACUGUUUGUCCGUGUUGCAAUUUGUGUAACUGUGUUGCAGUGUGUGUGUGUUUACAUUAGUGUGGGAAAAAAAAAUCUGUGUAUCUGUGUUGCAAUCUGGGUCUGUUUAGAUUUUGGUAUAUACAAAAAUGUGUCCGUGUUGCAAUUUGUGUAUCCGUGUAGCAAUGUGUGUGUAAAACAAUCUGUGUAUGUGUGUGUCUGUUGCAAUUUGUCUUUGAUGUGUGUGUGUAACAACAAUCUGUUUUUGUGUGUAAAAAAAUUUGCGUGUGUGUAAAUAUGUGUCUGUAUUGCGAUAUCAGUGUCCAGGUUGCGAUCUGUGUGUCUGUGUUUAGAUUUGUGUGAAGAAAAAAAAAUGUGUGUGUGUGUGAGUAAAAAGAAAAACAUCUGCAAAUUGUGUAUGUGUAAAACAAUCCCUCUGUCCAUGGUGUGAUCUGUGUGUCUGUUUAGAUUUGUAUGGAAAAAAAAAUCAUAAAAAGUGUGUGCUACAAUUUGUGCGAGCGUGUGUAAAAACAAUAUGUCUGUGUUGCGAUGUGUAUAAAACUGUGUGUCUGUGUUGUGAUUUCGUGUUAAAGUUUUUAUUCAAAAAAUAAAAUCGGAGUGUAAGUGGGUAAGGAGGCGAAAGGUAGCUUCCUAUUUAAAUGGUGGGCGAUUUUUUUUUUUUUUUUACACACAAACACAGAUCUGAGAUGCGCAUUUGCAAAUUCCAUCCAUCCAUUUUGUACCGCUUGACCCUAUCACAGCUGCAUUGUUUUGCUAUAAUACUUGCAUUACUUGAGUAUUAUCCUAAACAUGUAUUAUGAAAAGAAAAAAAUUGUGUGUGUAAUUUUAGAUGAGCGCCCCCUACCUGUAGGGAGGCCAACUCCACCAGCAGCUCCACAGCUCUGGCAUAGUUCCUCUUCAACCUGGACAGCUGCUCGCCACCCCUGGCCAGGCCAGUCAGCUCAUAGCCUGACAAACACAACACAGAGCUUAUAGUCACCACUUUAAACACAACAUCCAAAUCGCUUUUACUUACUGUCCCCGCCUUCUUGGUAGUGCUCAAAAACGGGAAGAAUUACACCUGAGAGCGCAAAAAAAACGUCAUAUUUUGUCUCCGUCACUCAUCACCGAAGGUAAAAAGUGAAGAAGGAGGUUUUGUAACCAACCUGCCACGUUGUCUCUUUUGGCUCGGACCUUCACCUGAGCUUUAUUGACAUUCUGGAUGACAGUCGUGCUGAACAAAAUCGCACACGUCACUUUCAAUAAUGUCAAUAAGGUCUUAACUCAUUCUCUUUCUAUGCCACAUCAAUGUGGAAUGCGCUCCCAACAGGUAUAAAAGAAAGGGCAUCUCUAUCCUCCUUCAAAACCGCAAUAAAAGUUCACCUCCAGGCAGCUACAACCCUAAACUAACACCCUCCCCGGAUUGCUAAUAAUCAAAUGUAAACAAUCAAAUGCAGAUACUUUUUCUUUUUCUUAUGCCUUCUGAUCUCUCUCUCUCUCUCUCUCUCUCUCUAUGUCCACUACUUGAUGUCCAUAUCCCCCCCCCUCCCUCCACACCCCUGAUUGUAAAUAAUGUAAAUAAUUCAAUGUGAUUAUCUUGUGUGAUGACUGUAUUAUG